UGUACAUUCGCCAAUACUAAGGCACUCAGCUCGUUUUCUUCUUCGCAUUUACUUUUUUUUUUCGCGGCAAAAAAGAAGACGGACUUUCGGUUAAUAAGCUCCGUGUUCUCAAAGGUGGACACUGGACACGUUAUUAAAUUAAACAACUUGCAAACGAUCCACAACCAUCCACAAUAAUGGGUAAAUUGGGUAAAAAGAAGGUGGUCGAAGAGAUGAGCCGCAAGAAAUCGGAGGCAGAGGCCAAACACAAGAACGGCGGUGGCGCCGACGACUCCGAAGAUGGUCUCGACUCGAAGGACGGCAGCUCCGAUAAGAACGACACCGCAUCCUCGUUAAGCGGCAGCUCCUCCCAGAAGCAACGCUCCAAUCAGCACAAACGCAAGUCCUCAGGCUCGGGCGCCGCCGUUGGCCACGAUGGCGCCUCCAAAGUCGCUGGCUCUGCUGGCGGCACAUCCAAAUCGAAGUCGAAAUCCAAGUCCAUAGAUAGCGACUCCGAUGACAGCGAUGAUCUUCCGCUGAAUGGCAGCAAGAGUUCCAAUUCGAACGAGUCGACAGGUGGGGGUCCUCCGGCCAAGAAGCCCCGCAAACAGGCCAAACCAAAAUCGACGAAGGCGGCCACCGCUACCACAUCGGUGGCAUCCAAGGGCAAAUCGAACAAAAAUGGCAAAAAGAAGGCGGCCGCCGCCAAAAAAGAUUCAGAUUCGGAUGGUGACUACGAGGACGCUGUCGAUGAUGAAUCUUUGGCUAAGUCCGAUGACGAUUUUGACACAAAGCAGCAAGAUGGCGACGUAGAGAUGGAGUACGAAGUGGACGCCAUUAUUGGCCACAAGAAGGUGCGCGGCGCCUCCUAUUUUCUGAUACGCUGGAAGGGCUACAAUGCGGACUCGGACACCUGGGAGCCGGAAAUUGAUUUGAAUUGCGAUGAUCUGAUCGCGGAAUUCCGUAAAAAACAGGCAAUCUCCACUCAAUUCGGACCGCUCCAUGCCAAAGGCAAUAGCGACAGCAAGAUCGGAAAGCCCAAAAAAACUUCAUCGAAUAAUACCGGUGUUGCCGGCAAAUCUGUUGGCAAAAAAGAAGCCAGCAGCAAGCAGUCGUCCAGCAAGAAGUCCACCAUCGAUGAUCCCGAAAAGGAAUGGGUCGUCGAGCGUGUCGUUGAUUUUAUUCAGGACGCUGAUACUGGUGGCCUAUAUCGCAUACGCUGGAAGGGUUUCGGGCCCAAAGACGAUACAUGGGAGCCCGAAAAGAAUCUGUCCUGUGGAGGACUGAUCGAGAAAUACAAGCGUAGCUUGGUGUCACAGCGUAACGUUGAAACCAAGGAGCUCCGUGAGUCGCCCAAGAAGACCAAACGACUGGUGAACGAGUGCUAUCCACGCACUAAUAUAGCGAAUCGCAUCGAACGAUCGUCCAAGCGGGCCGCAGCCAAGAAUCGCGUCUUUUAUGGAGAGGAGUGAGAUAUGGCGUAAAGGGGGACAGGAAGGAAGAACGAAAGACGUUGCAGCAGAAAUUCCCCUGGAGUUCCAUCAACAACCCCACCCCCUACACACAUGAAGAAUGUAGAUGUAGAUCUUGGGUAGAGUUUUUAUAGAAUUAUUGAUUAUUUCUUUUGACACGCGCUGGCGUUCUUUGUGGCUUGGCAGGAAGAUCCAAGCCCCAGCAUACAUCCCAAACACAAUCCCUUCACCCCAUUUGAUGCACGCACCAGACCCCACAACAAAUAAUUAAAUAAUUUAAGUGAAA